AUGACUGAGAAAUUUAUAACUAAGGGAUUUGUCAGUUUCAAGAAAUUAGCGUGGAAUAGUGCUCAGCAGAGAAAUGACUUUGGUUUACUUGCUGGCAGUGCCACCGAUGCUAAAAUUUAUCUCUACAGCGUUAAGAACAUUAUGAAAAUAAGACUGUUACGUAAAUAUGUUUAUGAUUUUGGUAGGCAUGAAGAAGAACAUGCUGUUUUGUCCACAUUAGAAAAGCAUUCCGAAGCUGCAAGCGAUCUAGACUUUAACCCGUUCCAGAAAAAUCUACUGGCUUCAUCUGCGAAAGCUGGGGAAUUAUAUAUUUGGGAUUUAAAUCAAGUCGAUAGGGAUCCUCUAGUGAUUGGUUCAAAAUUUCAGAUUACUAAUAAUCUUGCUGAUAUGAGUUGUGUUACUUGGAAUUUGCAAGUACCACAUAUUAUAGCUUCUUCUUCUUCUGUUGGCCAUACCGUAGUUUGGGAUAUGAGAAAGACAGAAAAGCCAGUAAUUACUCUCAAUACCGGAAACGCUCUGAUGUGGGAUGUACGAUAUAUGCAAUAUCCUAUCAAAAUAUUUUCAGAACAUAAAAGGGGUAUUCAUGCUGUAGCCUGGUGUAAUCAGGAUGCUGAUAUGCUUGCUAGUUGUGGAAAGGAUAGUAAAGUAUUGAUCUGGAAUCCUAAUGGAUCUGUAUCAAAUUCAGAAAGCAAUAUUCCAAGCGGCGAGAUUAGUGAGGCAUUUGGCUCUGAUUUCGCUAAUAUAGCUGAUGUUCCAAAUUCUCCAAAGCCGGAGUACACAGCUAUGCCAUUGUGUCCAAAAUACCCUCCAAAAUGUUUGAAAGUUUCAGCUGGCGCUUCAUUUGCUGUCGCUAUAAGUCAGGUAGUAACCAAUGAAGUGUUUAUUGAGCGGGCGAAGAAACUUGACAAUGCUAUUGCAGAUAAUGGUAAUCUAAUUACGUUUUGCGAUGAGAGACUUAAAUCAUCAGGAGACGACUAUGAAUCUCUUCAAUGGGGCUUUUUGAAGGCAAAUUUUUUGAAAGAACCACGCAAAAAGAUCAUCGAAUUACUCGGUUGUCACCAUUUUGAUACGGAUAAGGAACUACCGCAAUUAAGUUCCGUUGAUGAACAAGUGGCAAUUCAAGAUGAGAAUGCUCUCCAGGAUGAAGAAAUCAAACGUUUAGAGACAUCAAGUGCCUCGAUUAUAGGCGAUAACUAUUUAAAGGAUAUGAAAACAAUUGGUGAAAUUAAGCCUGAAUGCGAACCAUCUAUGAAGACAGAUUCACGUUGUGAUGAAAAUUCUUCUGAGAAGGCUUUUACAAUUUCAUUUUCUGACGAUUCCGAAAAGUUGUUAGGAAAAUUAUUAUUAGUUGGUAAUCUGACGGGCGCAGUAGAAGCAUGUAUAAAUUCCGGUAAAAUGGCAGAGGCGAUCUUGCUUGCCAUUGCUGCAGGACCAGAAACUUUAGAGAAAACUCGGUCUUCCUUCUUUUCAAAACGUAUUGAUAACUUAUCACGGUUAAUUUAUGCCAUAAUUUCGCGUGAUUGGUCAGAUAUCGUGAAAGCAUGCAGUUUAAGCAAUUGGCGUGAAAUCUUGACUAUUUUAUUAACGUAUGCUCGAGCUGACGAAUUUUCGCAAUAUUGCUCUAUACUUGGUGAACGUUUGGAAUCUAGCGCUGAUGCAGAUCACCGAAAAUAUGCUGGGCUGUGUUACAUUUGUGCUGGUAGAACACAUGAAUUUGCGUCGUGGUGGAUGAGAUUGGUCGAUUUUACAAACUCGAAGCCUAAUGAACUUCAGUGUUUAAUGGAGAAAAUUGCCCUACUAAAGAAGUCUGUGGAGGUGGAAACUGGAUCUAUUCCAGGAUUUUCUGCUAACUCAACAUUAAAGAUCUUUAGCCAAUAUGCAGGGUUGCUAUGCGCUGAAGGACAACUACAGUUAGCCAUGAAUUAUUUAGAGUCAUUACCAUCUGAACAGGAUAAAGAAUUUUCUUUGAAAGAAAGGCUAUGCUACGCUCUUAAUUUAUCAGGUGUCUCGGAAAAUCGGCACAAAUCGAAACAAAUUCAGCGAGCUGACAGUUCAAAUCGAACCUUGCAAAAUCAAAACGAUGGAGCUUUCAAAAGUGGCGGAUUGUCAAAUAAUGUAGUAAAUAAUGUUGCGACUGAGCCCACUUCUCGGCUUAACCUCUUCACUCCGUAUUCUGCAUCGAUGGUACCAUCCGCUCAAAUUGGAUCGCAAGGUGGCAGCAAAUCUCUAUCCUCUGAUCCGAAACCUGGUUCGUUAAUUCAUGACGAAAAUCAGCCUCGUGAAAAAUGGAAUCGUGUCUUACAGCCUUCGUCCGUACUUAUGAAUCAAGCUCCUACUGCUGCCGUCUGGAAAAACGAAUCGAAAAGUCUAACUGCUUGGAAUGACCCACCGAUGCUAUUGGAAAAUGUCCAACAAGCACAAACCUGUAUAGACAAAGAACCUAUAAAACAACCUAUACCAGGAAAUGAAAAUGAGGAAGUGUCUGCUAAUGUAGGUAAUGAAAGGCGAAAUAUGGUGUCUAGCCCUCAAAUUGCGCCGCCAAAACUUUCGGCUUACCAAUCUCCAACAAAUAAACUCCAAAUCACCUCUGAAAAAUUACAAAAACCCAUUCCUGCUUCUCACAUGAUCUUAUACGAGAUCUUUAACAAUCAGAUUGAGAAAGGAAAAUCAAGAUUAACUAAUCCGGUUAUCAAACGGAAAUUGGAUGAUAUUGCUAAACGUUUAGCUACCUUGUAUGAAUUACUCCGAGAAGAAAUUUUGUCACCAGAUAUUUUGCAAGGUUUGCAUGAUAUUGCACAAGCUGUGAAGGCGGGUGAUUAUAAUGGUGGAAUUAAAAUACAUAAAGCCGUCGUCGCUAGAGGAAACUUCAGUCAGAUAACUUCGUUCAUGCCUGGUCUAAAAAUGUUAAUGCAGCUGUCGCUGCAAUACAAAAUUUGAUCGCAGCUUAAAAGAAAGUCAUUACAAAUUAUAGUCUGGUACACUGAGG